AAUGUCGGAAACCUCACAUCCAUCUCGCGAUCCAAAAAAUCUCAGCGAACCAUUCGCAGUCAUCGAAUUUCUCGAGAAAAACGAAAAAGGGCUACCAUGCAUUGAUUUGGUGCCGAAAAAAUGGUUUAAUAGUGCAGAAGAAGACACCUGUAAAUUCCCACCGACAACUGAAUAUCAUCUACUUGACGACUACUUGGAAAAAUUGCACUCGCCCAAGGACUCUUGGCAAAGUUAUCCAUUUUGCUUCAUCACCGGAGCAGCUGAUUUGGAUCAGGGUCGCAGAAGAUUAAAAAAGGCCCAAGUAACUCUCAACUGUGAGACAACCGAUGGUGAAAAUGAUCGAAAGGGGGGGAGGUCCGAAACUUCCUCGAAAGCAAAAAUUUCAGCAAAACCCUUAACUGCAUCAAAGUCUCAACUAAACAACAUCUUUAGUACUAAAAUCCCGAUUCCACCUAGAAAUCAAACUCCAAAGUCUGGUAUACAAGCAAAACCAAAGACAAGAUUUCAAAGCAUUUACCAGAGUGGAUCUGACUCUGAAGACGAAAAUCAUGAUUGUCUUAUAGCUAAUCCUGAGGAGAUUCGAGCCUCAAAGGCUCAAAAUAAUUCUGGCUUUUUGCAAAUGUCGAGUAAAUCGCGAUCUGUACCAACAGGUGCAUGUUUAUCAUUUAAACAGCGGUCAAGGAAGAAUAUUACUUUGCUUAAAGACGUCGAAACUGAUGAAUCUGAGAGCAAUGAUUCCUCCGAUGGAAUUCUGCAGUCACCUACAAAAUCGAUGGACUCAGCGAGAAAUACAAGAAAAGAACUUCAUUUGACACCUCCUUCACCACUAGUCCAUAACGCUUCAGGUAACCGAAAAAGGCGUGCAUCGUCUACUACACGCGCUGAAGACGGAUUGAAUUCGAUUGUGAGCCCAGGAACUCCAAAAACUUCACGAUCAAUGAUGGUACACCCUGCUAAGAUGCCAAAAAUGCUGGGACCACAAAACCAGUUGUCAUCUAGUCAUUAUGCUGAUAAUGAACGUCGAAUCCUGAACUCCCUUCGAGAUUACUUUGAUCAGCAAUUAGAUGAAAAGCUCGAAAAUUUAAGACGCAGGAUGGCUUACGAUUUAAAGCAGUCUAUGAAUGAGCUCAAGACCACAAUCAUUGGCACUAAUCUAGCCCCAGCUUCUGGUCCUAGCUUGCUUGAAAUACAGAAGCAGAUGUCUACGCCACUACCAUUUGAAAUGGAUGAUAAGUUCCAGGAAUACGAAGCGAUAUUGACAACGGACCCAAAUCUCGUAGAAACACUGCGAUUAUUCAUGAGAGUUUUGAUAAGCAAUAAAAAAGAGAUGAAAAUAUGUGUUUCCACUAUCCUAUCUGCGGUUCUGAGGAAGACAGUGUCACUGCACUAUUCUGGUUACGGAAAGGAAGCUGGCGGAAAGAAAAAGAAAAAUUUUUAUAACACUACAGUAUGCAAAGUGCUGAUUGAUGUGAUAAUUGAGGUAAUAGGAUCCAGCACUGAUGAGAAGAAGAUAAUGUCAGAAGUAAGUACUUGGUUGUCACGUUCUGGCGAUCGAGAGGGUGGGGGUAAGGAACGACAACGCGGGUCAAGUCAUCAUAACGAGAAUAAUUCAGUUUGUUCCUUUGAUACCAAUCGAUAAUACUUCAUUUUUCCGGGAUAAAUGGAAUUGUAAAAUCACUGUGUUAAUAUGACUCCAUUAAUUCAUUUUCGUAAUUGUAUUAGUUGUGAUAUUCUUGAUAAAAGGUACGAUUAAUAGGAAAAGUUUAUAUUAUCAAUAUAUUUUUAUCGCGAGGCGUUUCAUUGGGCAGAAUAUAUAUUAAUAUAUGAAUAUUGUUUAGUAUUCGGCUGUCAUUGAAGUAUUAAUUAUAUUUAUUAUAUUUCUCCUGGCGAGGUCGGAAAUCCAGAAGAUGGAAAUAACAAUUGGAAAAUGUGAUGUAUCUUAGCAUAAUAAAGUAUUUUCUAUGUCAUUUCCUCAUAAGUUAGAUCACGGGAAUAAAUAUCCGUUGUUGGUUCAGGGAUUAAAUAUUAUGUCCAAAAGUUUAAAGGGAAAAAUAAUAAGUGGAUUUUUAAUUUUUAAGAAAAAUUCUAAUGAAAGUAAUUUCAGCCAUUGAGAGCUGUUUUCAGUAUUUGGUGAUUCAAGUCAAAUAAUAUUUAUAAGGUUGAAGUUUCACAAUCGGACUGCGUCCAUA